UAGCAUUCAUUUUUAAUGAUGAAUUAAGUACGAUUACAGCCCCAUAGCACAUUUAUAAGCAUUGAAUAUCAGCAGGGGGUAUAGCUUUGCUAAGUUAUACCAAUAAAUCAUAAUUUACUGAGCAGAUACUCGAUGUCAGGAUUUCCAGAACCUCGUAAAAAACCUACCAGAUGUACAACCACUGAAACUACAAAAUGCAUCACUGCCCUGGACCCUCUGCAAUUUAAAACAAUCCUAUGAAGUGAGCUGCUGUGAUUCUUGAGAGGAGACGUCUCCUGACAGGAGACAAGAUGGCGUCCAACAACACCCUGCGCAGCUACUCCAUCAUACCAUGUUUCAUCUUUGUAGAGCUCGUCAUCAUGUCCGGCACGGUGUUGUUGGCCUACUACAUGGAGUGCACGGAUCUGUUCAGCGUCCAUGUUCAAGGAUUCUUCUGUAAUGACGCUGAGCUCAUGAAGCCGUAUCCUGGCACAGAGGAGUCCAGCUUCAUCCCUCCCCUCAUCCUCUACUGUGUGGUUGCUGCUGCUCCAACAGCUAUAAUUUUCGUCGGAGAGGUGUCCAUGUACGUGAUGAAAUCAACGAGAGAAGCCCUCCUGGCCCAGGAGAAAACCAUUGUGACAGGGGACUGUUGUUACCUCAACCCACUUAUCCGUCGCAUCAUACGAUUCAUAGGUGUGUUUGCCUUUGGACUGUUUGCCACAGACAUCUUCGUCAACGCGGGCCAGGUGGUGACGGGAGGUCUGUCGCCCUACUUCCUGUCUGUUUGCAAGCCAAACUACACAGGCACCGAGUGUCGUUUUAAUCACCAGUUUAUUGUCAACGGAAACAUCUGCACCGGGCCCUCUGUGGUCGUGGAGAACGCCCGCCGAUCCUUUCCCUCUAAGGACGCUUCGCUGAGUGUUUACUCUGCCGUUUACUUGACGAUGUACAUCACCAGCACCAUCAAGACCAAGUCCAGCCGCCUGGCCAAGCCUGUGCUCUGUCUCGGCACGCUCUGUUCGGCCUUCCUCACGGGCCUCAACCGAGUGUCAGAGUACAGAAGCCACUGUUCAGACGUAGUGGCUGGAUUUAUACUGGGAUCAGCAGUUGCUCUGUUUCUGGGUAUAUGUGUUGUGAACAACUUCAAAGGCGUCCACAGUGCAGCAGUUAAACAGAAAACUGAAGACUACCGUGGUCUGCCUCUGAUGACUUUCCCCCGUGUAGAGAGCCCUCUUGAGACCCUCAGCGCACAGAACCACUCGGCAUCGAUGACGGAGGUCACAUGACUAAGGGGGCAGCACCGGGUCACGUUUGCGUCUCCACAGCACUUCCAGACACAAUGACAAGGACGCAUGCCACGUGGCUCCGAAUGCUUUACAAAAAACACUCCUGAUAUAUCUGUUUAAUUCACUGGGGGGACAAAAUACACCAUGUUUCAGGUGGUUCUCAUUUAGUUGGGCUAUGCUCAAUUCAACCUGCCAAGGCACACAGAUUGCAUCAGUGGCAAAAUAUCCCAAGGCAAACUUAAGCACAGAUUGUUUUUCCAGAUAUUUUCAACCAUUUAGAGCAUGAGGCAUUUUUUCCCUCCAAGGUGUGCUGUUUGUAGUUAGAGGACGGUGUUUUGUACAUUUUGUAUGAGCGAGUGCUGUAGCCUAUCCUGAUGGUGUUAAACCUGCACACUUCCAGUCAGCUGACUCACUCUGUUUUCCAUCACAUCCUGUAAGGUGACUUGCCUCGUCCAUCACAUCCAUCCCCCUCAGUCUAAAGAAUCUGCUAAUCUGCUAUUGGAAAUUAUUGAUGUUGUUGUUCUGUGAUGUUUGUCAUUUGUACAGAAAAAAGACAAAAUCCUUCUUUUUAUUAUCUCUCUCUGUACAUUAAUUGACCUUGUUAGGUCAUAUUUUGUAAAGAUUUUUGUCAAUCUGUAAGACUAUUAUGAUCCAUUUGGACCUGUUUGCCUGCUGUAAACCUGGAUAUGUUUGGUACCAGUUUAUGUGUUUUGCAGAACAACCCCUCUCCCCUUUGGAGGAAGUGACAAGGAAGAGUCAGUGAUAUCCUCCGAGUCAGAAAAAUGGGGUUUGGCACUUACAGUGCCCUGUUAUCAGCUAGAAUAAAAUUGAAAUAUGAUUGGUUGAAAUGUGAAUAUGAAUGAGUAUCACCCCAAUUUCCUGAUUCUCUGUGAUGUCAAUAGGAAUUUUUUUAUAAAGAGUCUAGUGGGGCUAGCCUGUGUCAGGUGUACCUUGAAGAUGUCACUGGUAUGGCUUUACAGUUAAAUUUAAACUGCAAUCCCAAUAGAAAAAAAAAAUCCUUACAAAAUACAUGGGAAAAUGAAAAAAAAGAAACAGAAAAUGUCUUUGGAGUGGAACUAACUGACUUACUUAAGGCUCGGCUAGCCCUUUUAAUGGAAUCCAGGCUAUGACUCCUACUUCACUAUUCCUCCCCCUCCUCGACCCACCAGUGGAUUGUGAUGCAAUGUUGUGACUUCAUUUCCCAUUGGAAGAUGCGCCCAGCAUGACAUGAGAAGUCAAGAUGUUUUAUACAUAUUCAUGAUUUGAAUUACUCAUUAUCAUCGUGGUUCUAAAUGUAUUUUACUUUAAAAACAUAAAAGGCAUUUCAUUGGAGAUGCUACAUAUAUUUUUUCUUGGUUUGUUCACAAAUUAAAUAGUAAGUAGCAACUA